GUCGACAUGAACAAGCGGGGUAAUCUACAAAACGCAAAGAAAAGAGUGGGACCCAAAUUGGAAUUGUCCGAGGAACAAAAACAAGAAAUCCGAGAAGCCUUCGACCUAUUUGACAGUGAGGGUUCAGGCACAAUCGACGCCAAGGAACUGAAGAUGAGAGCUUUGGGCUUCGAACCGACAAAAGAAGAGAUGAGGAAACUCAUUUCCGAGAUCGAAAAAGACAGUUCUGACCGAAUCGACUUUGAGGGCUUCCUUUCCGUGAUGACCAAGAAAAUGGUGGAGAGAGACCCGCGGGAGGAGAUCCUCAAAGCCUUCAAACUUUUUGACGACGACGAGACGGGAAAAAUCUCUUUCAAAAAUCUAAAACGAGUGGCUCGGGAACUGGGGGAGAAUUUGACUGACGAGGAACUUCAGGAAAUGAUAGACGAGGCCGAUAAGGACGGCGACGGGGAAGUCAACGAGGACGAGUUUGUCCGAAUAAUCAGGAAAACGAGUCUAUUUUAG